CACACCCUCGCAGUCCGUCGACGUCGCUCCUCGCGAGAGCAUGCCGGCCAAGUACUCUUUUCAUCACGAAACGCAUCCUGUAACAAUUGACAACAUGCCUCAAUAAAUGAGUCUCACCACAACAAUCUUAUAUUUCCUAGUGACUUAAAAAAAAUCUUCUAAGUCAAGCCCAAAAGUUAUCUAGUUUUGUGAUCCAUAUCGAACUUGUCUAGGUGGUCAAAAAUUUCUAAGCUUCAGGAGAGAGGUAUAGUGAGAGACAGUUCUUGACAUCCAGUCAAACAGUUAUAUGAUACUGACAAUUUACGAUUUUGACUUUGUGGCCAGUGUGUGAACGACGUGAGUGUCAAAUGGUUACGGCACGUGUUAGCCGGACUUGGAUAUCGCCUUUGAAGGACAUCACCUAUUGAGGAUUUUGCUAAGUGUGUCACGUGUUUUUGCUCUUAACGCUCUUCCCGCAUUCCCACGGUGAACAGUGUGAGUGCAACUGACAAGUGGUCGCGCGGCUCAAAACCACGUGGCGGCGCGAUUGCGCCUCAGCGGAUGAGGGUUGAAACUUUUAUAAACUUUCUUCCCUCGUGCGUAUACUUUUAUUCCUCCGAAUGCAUAUUUGUGUUUGUGGAUUCGUGAAACUUUAAAAGUUGCGUAAAAAGUGAGUGACUUGUUGCCUGAGAAACCAGAUGAAUAAAUCAGACUAGUAGAAUCUUGUGAAAUGAACUCUGUAAAGUCUGGGUACAAAUCUUGAGACAUUAGGUCUGAAGAUUAUCGCGGACGAAAUCUGUGACUUGGCAAGUGAAAAGUAGGACUAGCAACUUUAAGGGCGCGCUUACGCGAUGCUAAGUGUCUCAGCCGUGUCUCAAGUACGAAGGGUGCAGCGAACGUCCUUCAGAAGGGCCGAGAGGUCCUGCUAAGAUGACCGCGCGUCUCCACUCGUUGAGGCACCAGGAGAAGAAACCCGCUAGCAACAGCCACAGGCAACAUCAACAACAGCAUCAACAAGCAGUAAUCCCAGGACCCAGUCCAACGCCAAGUCCCAGCCCCAGUCCCAGCCCGAGCCCUAAACACUCGGACGGAAGAAGAGCUAACAAACCACUAAUGGAAAAGCGACGACGAGCGAGGAUCAACCAGUCUCUGGCGGCGCUUAAGGCUUUGAUCCUUGACAGCGCCCGCCUAGAGAACACCAAACACAGCAAACUCGAAAAGGCUGACAUCCUGGAACUAACUGUACGACAUCUCCAGAGACAGAGGUCUUUAGCUCAACCUGGACUCUCCAGGUACAAGGCUGGCUACCAGGAUUGCUCGAGAGAGGUCAGCCGAUACCUCGAUGCCCCUGACAUCAUCACCGGAAACACAACUCCGAUGGAUCCGUCGGCGAAGCAGAGGCUACUUCGUCACCUGGACAGUUGCGUUUCGGAACUGGACCUUGAUUUAGGUUCAAGACCGGAUAGCGGCCUUGGCAGUAGUCCUGGUAGCGUAACGGACCGAGUGACAGGCGUGACCAGCCCAAGUCCACUGGAUCACCACGUUCCACCGACUCCUCACUGCAGUAGAUCCUUGAAUCCCGCCCUGAUAAAAACGGAAAUCCCUGAAAUGGAAGCCGCCAGACCGGACAGCAGUACAACCGCUGGGGACGAGAAUAACAACAGUAGUAGACCUACGUCAGCCUUUAGCCAAGUUAAUCCAGCAAGUAUGGAUCCUCACCAUGCUUCUGGUCUACCUGCAGAUCAGGCUUCCACAUCACAACAGAAUCCCAACAUGCUAUCGGUAGUCCAGGUGAUUCCUUCAAGGCUACCUGAUGGCCAAGUCGUCUUCCUCCUUCCUAGUCACUACGUUCAACUUGCAGCUGCAGCUGCAGCGAAUGGCAUUAGCAUUGGUCCUAACCCUCCAACAGCAAUUUGGGCAGCUACGAACAUGUCUCUUCUUAAAACGACAGAUAAACUUAACAAGAGGCCGCACGAUGAUCCUCAGGACUGGUCUGAUGGAUCGAAACCUAGCAAGAGUCCCAGGAUGGACCAACCAGAGCAGCCUCUUGAUUUUACGACGACUUCGAAGAAAAUCAAAGCUGCAAGAAAUUUGGGUGCAGAACACCAGAUACGUUCUCCAAUGGAGAACACGAUUAUUCGUGAAGACAGGCCAUCUAGUCAUGCCGGCAGUGAAGGUGAAAGAAUACAUUCUCCGCCUAUAGUUGGCCAACAGCCUGUCAAAGAUGAAGAAGGCAUGUGGAGGCCUUGGUAAGGGUGGAUUUGUACAAAGGUUCAACUGGCGUGUGUCUCUAUUGAGAAAAUCAGGAUUAUGGUGGUAUUUUCGUGGAUUUUGGGGGAUAUUGUAGGAUUUUUAUAGAAAUGGGGGCGCGUUAAGUAACUGAUUUUAGACGGAGAUGUAAACUUGCGUGUAAACUUCGAUGUAUAGCCAAGGAACAAUAGCAGAUAUUACAUUAGAGUUGAGUCAGAUUGUACCGGAGUAGAUUUUACUACAGUGCGGAAUUUAGAACGGUUUAACCUGCCUCAUUAUUUUAUCUGUUAGGUAACACUUGUCAUUGUUUGAUGGAUGAAUCACCUUAGCUAAUCCAACACAAUCUUGUGUGUAUAAUUUCAUUACAAGAUCAUCCUCACGUAGGUUGACAGGAUUAACGAAAUGUUUGCUACUGUUAAAAAAACUGCAUCAGAGCCUAAUUGAUAUUCCCAGAGUACAAGGGGUUAGUUCCGGUCUUGUUGUUGUCGACUGUUGAUUCUUUAUGCUUCGGCUUAUAUAAGAUCCAGAGAAGCGAGGUUAAACCAAAGAAUGGAAGUUGCAUUUGCUCUCUUGAUGUCAAGUUGCAAGUCAAGCUUUCGUGAUUCACUUAGAAAAAGUAUGGCUUAAAUUAGAGUUAGAAAAUUAUCGGGAAUUUACAACUGGGGAAUAUUCUUCUUCAGAUUGUAUUCCCAACUGAGAACUCUGAUUCAAAUUCCAAAUGGAUGUAACAAGCCUACCUUAUUUAAGAAAGCCUAUAUACCAAAGUGGGUUCAUCAUUGGAUUAAUAUUUCAAAUUUUUCGUUCAAAGAAGCAGGAACCCUGAAAUCUUGUAAUAUAAACUUAAACCUAUUCAAACUUCGUUUCUUAACGUGUCCUCUACGUUUCUUUCUGCAUUUGAGAUUGUUGAAGCUAAACAAUGUUAAAUAAGCGAAAGCCUACUAUAUUAUUCUGCGAGUUUUUUUCACCUUUUUUGUUCGAGAUACAUAGUUCUUCAGAGUCAACUCAACCUUAAAACAAAACAUGAAUCAUUCAACAAAUGAGCUUUAAGCCAAAUCUCGAAAAAUUCAAGUCAAGAAUUGAUUAGAAAUUGGAGUUUGAGUAAUCGGUUUGUGGCAAUUACCUCAUUAAGUUUGAGUCGACUCGCGCUAGAGAAAGUUUACGAAAGACGAUUGAUAAACUCUGUUAAAGGUCGUAGUGCGUGAAAAAUACGCGCAAAAUCCUAUUUGUAUAUGUAUGUAUGUAAAUUACAAGGAGAGGCGAUGAAAAAAGUGCAAGUCUGCGAGUGAAUGAAAUGACUGCGAGUAAACAAAGUGUGAAAGGGAGAGCUCUAGUAUUCUAAGUCUCUCAUAUGUAAAUAGGUUCGAAGGAAGAAUCUUGCUAUUACAAGAAUAUAGAUUUAUUUUGAUGUUAUCUAGGUAUAUAUGCGAAACAGUAUGUGCAAGGCGAGUGAGAGUAAUUGCGAAUUAAUGAUGUAGAAACAUCAUCCACGAUCUAGUUAUGUCUAUAAUUAUUAAAUAUCUUGGAAACCGAUUCCGUAUUCAGUGUACUUAGUUCUGCAGUCAAUACACGCAAUUAUUGAACUGUUUCGCGAGCUGUUUGAUUGCUUCCUUAAUGCAACCACUCCUGUGAUCCGUCGUCCUUUAAUGUUAUAAGAGAGAAAUAAAUGAUAUCAUUUAAGAAACCA